AUGAAUGUGUUAAUGCCGAGAUUUGCGACAAGGGAUUUGAAAGGAUUGAGGAUAUGCAGUCAGGGAAGGAAGGUUGGAUUCAUGAGCAGGUGGAUGAGUUGAUAGGAAAUCAGAGGACAAACUUUCAGGUUAGUGAUGAAAAUGGAGCAUAUUCGGAAUUUGGGCCGUUAGUAGAGAGGCAAGGUGGGUUGGAGGAGUGUGAUGGGCUUAUAGCAAACUCAACUGGGAUGAUUGGGUGUAGUAUGGGGAAUAGGCCUGAUGCUGAAAAUGUAGGACAGCUAGAUUCGACCCGAGAGAUGGAUAAAAGGGAUUUGAUGGGUAAACAGCAUAAGAAAUUAGAAGAGCAUUACCCAAAGAAGCUAGUAAAAAUCUGGGUGGAUCCGGGAGCAGGGGCAAUGGGUGACAGCCAGAAUGAAGCAACGGCAAGGAAGAAGAGAGAUGGCUCAAAAGGAUGCAGAGGAGAAGGAGGAAUUGGGCAUUACUUGGGAAGUGGUGGGUUAGAUUGGGUGAUGGAGUGGAGAUUUAUGGAAACAAGUGGUAUGGGAAAAAUAUUAUGGAGAAUAGGAGGGAUGUCAGUGGGUUCAAGAAAUAUGGUGGUGAAGGGUUUUAGAUGGGAGCUAGGAGAUGGCAAUCGAGUGGGGUUCUGGAGAGAGAUAUGGGUUAGAGAUAGGCGAAUGGGAGGAGAUAGGUGGCGAUGGAAUAUGGAGUGGAGAAAAGAGAGGUUAGGAAGAGUGAGGGAUGAAGAAGAGGUCUUCUGGGAGAUGCUUGGCCAUGUACAAUUAAAGAGAGGAAAGGAGGAUCGCUGGUGGUGGGUACAUGGCUCGGAAGGACGAUAUGUGGUGAAGAAAGCUAAUGAGAUUUUGGCUCCUAUGAAGUGCCUUCUUCCGGAUCAGUUUUGUAAGAUGAUUUGGUUUAGGAAUAUUAGAAUCUUUAAGAAAAUUGAGACUUUUAGGGAAAGGGUGGUAAAUAUGGUGCAAGCCAAGACUUUUUUCUAGAUUAAGCUUAAGAUGAAGGGGUGUGUUUUCUCCUUUUCCAAGUGGCAGAAUAAUCCAAUGCAAGUUGCUGUAGAAGUCAAACGGCAUAAAAGGUUAUUGAAGGUAUUCUAUGAGCAGAAACAGGGGGUGGCAUGAACGGAUAAAUGGUAGGAAUGGUUCGUUUGCUGGUUUUUUGGGUUUGAUUAUAGUUUUUCUUGGCUGUUGGGUUUGUUUGUAUUGCUCUUGCCUUUUCACUUUGUAGAUGGAUUGGAGUACCCCCUAUACUCGUUAAAAUAAUAAAAAUAUUUAUUUUGC